ACUACAGUCAGACUGAGUCCAGUGAUGCAGUAAGAAGUGAAAUCACAUUUUUUUUACUGUUUGGAGAAUCUUUAUCUUUUAUGAUUUUUUUGCAACAACUGAAGUUUAUAAAGCACAGAUACUGUAAAUGACUCUUAACACUCCUGCUGCAUAUACAGUUUACCAACAGCCACACAGAGUAUCUGUUUCCCUCCCAGUCAUAACCUGAAAUUUACUGCAGUCAUAAAAAGAAAAAAUCACGCCAUUAUACCCUCACGGCGCCUUCGGUUACGGAGCUGCCAGGAAACGUUUCGUGUCAGGGGAUUCUGCAUGCAGAUUUCCUUGUCAUAAAGUUCAAAGAUCAAACUGAGAGAGACACAAAAGGAUUAGACCAACAGCAGUGGCUGUCCAGUCUUCGCCACCAGCAGAGCUGCACCAGCGACAGUGAGGAAGCCAUGAUGGAAAUGAAAAGUAUCCUAAAGCCCAAAAGAAAGGUGAGCAUGCUGCUCUCUGGGGAGGACGGCAGCGCCACCCAGAGCAGUUCCAUCGGGGCCGUACGCUGGAACCUGCCCACCCAUGAUGAAAGCAGCCAGCCUCACAGCUCGGUCCCCAGCAGGCCCACCAACAGCCUCAAUAAACAGUCACAGCAACAAACUCGCCAAAACGGCCUGAAAGAUCUCCGCAGCCUGCAGGAGUGUGUGCAGUUUAUCCAGCAGUGGAAGGAACAGGUGGAUCAAGUGUGCAAGCAGGAAGCUCUGGAUCCAGGAGAAGGCACCACGAAGGACGCCCAGCGUUCACAGGGGCGCGCCGAACGCAGUCUCGAGGAGAGCAGGAAGCUAAUCCUGCAGUGGGCCGAUGAGCUCCGCGAUGUUGACAGGCUCCUGAAGGAGACUCCCUGGCUAUCUGACAGUCACGAACACGAAACUAAAGACAAGGAUGCCAGUGAGGUGGCACACAUGAGGAUCAUGGAGUGGGCAAAGGAGCUGCAGGAGGCGAGCGAGCGUUGUGGCGUUCAGAGCGAUGAGCUGGGGAAGGUGCUGCGUGUGCUGACUCUGAAGAAGAACCGGCUGAUCAGGCUGAUGCCUCUGUUGGAGUUCAUCACCUGGUCGCUGCUCAAGGAAGGAAGCACGAAAAUCGUCCCACAGUUGUGGCUCCUGGCAAAGCAAAAGUCCUGGGAAGCAGGAAUUCCUCGAUACAUCCCCAACUCAGUUUGGGGGUGGAUCUGCAGCGCAGCAGCUGAUGUGAUUCUUGACCCCAUGACCAACCACCCAUGGCUGCUUCUCUCAGAUGACCAGCGUAAAGUCCAGGAGUCCUCUGUAGUGUCAGAGCAGCCUCAAAGCUCCCAGCGCUUCGACGAAUGGCCCUGUGUGCUCGGCAGGGAGGGCUUCAGCAGCGGCCGCCAUUACUGGGAGGUGAACAUAGCCAAUAACGGUUACUGGCGCGUGGGCGUGACCACCGCUGACUCUGAGCGGCACGGGAAGUUCACCAUGAUGCCAAAGAAGGGCUACUGGGUGCUGUGGCGCAGCACGCACAAAUUCUACGCCUGCAGCAAGCCAGAAAAGGAGCUCCCCCUCAGCCUCGUGCCCAGGCGCAUGGGGGUCUACUUGGACUACGAAGAAGGGCAGAUCUCCUUCUACAACGCUGAAACCAAGUCUCACAUCUACACCUUCACUGGAACCUUUAGAGAGAAACUGUACCCUCUGUUCGCCCCACUGGAUGGACGCACACUCAUGACGAUCAUCCCGCCAAACAACAUCUCAGGGAAAUGAGAGAGAAAAUCUCACUGGACUGUAAUUUGACUCCACCUG